AUGACCCGAAGUGGCACGCAGAAGCAAGCCGAGGAAAGCACGGCCCUCACCCUCUGCGCCCUGAGCACGAGAGGGAAGAUCGCUGGCCAACAGGAGGAAGCCGCCGGCCCGCUGGUGCGAAGGAAACUCUCCGUUGAAACACGCAAUCAGCCUCCGCUCUCGCCACGAGGUGCCUCUGGGGGGGACGACUCCCCCAGCACGAGCCCCCACCUCCUCAAGGAAAAGGUGGCGCAGCUGCAGGUGCGGCGCUCCUCCUACGGCCCCAGCCACCCUCCCCCCAAGUGGGAGGGACUCGAAGGGGUCAAACUCGAGGAUCGCAUCAAGGGUCUCUCGGCCUCAUUCUCUCCGCUCUUCCCCCAACCGCCACACGCGGUUGAAGAGGCAGGCACCGUCCGUCCCCGCCGGCUAGACCCGAGCAAGCUCUCCGCCUUAGCGACCGUGCUCCCCCAAGGCUCGGACAGUCCCAGCGCUGGCGUGAGCCACAUUGGCCGGCUUCCACCCGGCGCGCCUCCCAUCCGCUUUCUGGGCUUCGGCCCCGAUGCCCACACCAACCCCGAAGACGCCGCUGGCGCCGCUGCGGAUUUGCUCAAGAACUCGGUGCUGCUCACCAUCGACGUCCCGGACUUGGGCACCUCCGUCAAGUUGCGGUUCCGCGUCACCUCGUCCGUCGACGCCGCCAAGCAGGUUUUGCAUCGGAAGCUGCUAAAGGACGAGCUUCUCGCAAUGGACUUUUGGAACCCCGUCACAGGCACGUCUCUGCGACCCGACCGGAACCUGCAGGACUAUCUGGUUCAGAACGAGGAUCGUCUCGUACUUGCGACCGAGCAUUCCCCGUCAGCUGUGCAGACCAAGGUCCGAGUCGAAGUAGAGCCCACACGCCUCGUGGAGACCGUGCUUUGCUACAAGGAAACAACGGUGCUGGGCCUUAUCCAAACCAUGAAUCGAAAAGAUGGCCCGUGGCUAGACGAAACGAAGCUCGUGAGCUCAUAUGGUCUGGAGCAAUCCGAUAUACUGGUGCUGAGGAGAAGGUUCGCCGAGCCAACCAAGGAGCCUCCUCCUCCUCCUUCGCACGCCAGUGACCAACUCUCGCAAGCGCAACAAGACGCAGCGGACACCAUCAGAAAGCGGUUCAGAACAACGUCAACGGCGUCGUUUGUGAGGGUGAAAAACUCGCAGGUCAAUGUCGACCAGUCGGGCGAGCCUCCUUUUGAUCCGUCCGGGGCGAUCAUCGUGGUCAAAUUUCUAUGCAAGAACAGCGACUUCAUCACCAUGCUGCGAGUUGGCACCAGGGACUCUACGGACACUCUCCGCGCUCGCAUCAAAAAGAAACUGGACGACGUUCACAACUACGAUAUCUACCUGCCUUCUCUCGCCCGCAUGGCUGAGAACACGUGCCUGGAGGACCACCACGUCAAAGAAAGGGAUCAGCUGGAGCUGCGUAAGAAGUCCGAGCCUGCGGGGCCUAGCCCCGCUGCCGAGACACUGGCAAUCACCGAGGUUAGGAAGGAGGACGCCACACAGAGCAGGCCGACCAAGAAGAAGUCAGAGGGCGGGAGCUCCAUCCGGGUCUUCGGUUCCAUGCGAAGAAAGAAGGAGAGGGCACUCACCGCAUCGGCGCCCCCCUUCCACAUGACCGCUGCAUCCGCCGCAGCCGCCGCCGCAUCUCCGCCGCCUACGCCAGCACCUGCCCCAGUUCCUGCGACGGCGCCCAUCAUGCCACCCAAGGAUGAUGACGGGGACAAGCGAAGGAGCAAGAUAUGGGGCCGGGAGCGAGACCUAUUGACUUCGUUCUUCAAGAACCGACCGGACAAAGACGAGCUCGUGGCAAAGAAGAUUCUCGUGCACCCGGACGGUUCGGUCGUUCUCGAGGAGGCGGCCAUAAUGCUCAAUGCCGACGUGGUCAGCCGAACGAUCGAGUGGCUCCGACAGCAAAGAGACUUCUUUGAGCUGGAGGGGGUCUUUCGAAUCUCGGGUGCCUCCACCGCGGUGAAGCAGAUAUGGAGCAGCUUCCGCGGGCCAGCUGAGGAGAUUGACUUCAAGCAGGCCAGCUCUCCCCACGAUGUCUGUGGCGCCCUGAAGCAUUACUUCCGCGAGAGCUCGGUCCCGCUCAUCCCCUUCGAGCACCACCAGGACUUCGUCGCCGCUGGCCGUACGGCCCUCCACUCCGAAUGCGCCAAUGCUGCUGUGCCGGCUCUUCCGGCGGAUAACAUGCGCAUGAUCAAGGAACUCUUUGGAUUCCUUCACCAGGUCAUGCUGCAUCAGGAAAAGAACAAAAUGUCGGCCAACAACCUGGGCAUUGUGUUCGGUCCCUCGAUCAUGCGCAAUCGCUCCAACACCGUAGAUUUCUCCUCCACUGGCCACCAGUCUGCCGCAACCUAUGCCAUGAUUCAGUACUAUGACUACAUAUUUGCCAACGCGGAGUGGAGGGCAAAGGCGCCUCCGACCGUGCAGCCGUCCCCUCGACAUCUGCCUGUGACGCCUCUCUCGCCAGUCCAGCCUGCUUCCCCCGGAGCGUCAUCGCUCGCGAAGUCGACCUCCGAUGCGUACCGGAAGGAGCGUGGCAACUCCAUGCCGGACGAGCACAGGGCUCUCCUGGCGCACGUCUCGCUGUUCGACAAGACCGACGACUUUGCUUUGCUGGGGCUCGCGAAAAAGCUACACGCGGCUGACACCGACACCAAGCUGGCGGAGGUGAUGGAAAAGGAGCUGAAUGGGCCGAAGUUGGUUGCCCUUUGCCUGGGCUUCGCGCGGGUGAUCAGCGACAUGACGGAGAAGCGGCAGCACGACGCGGCGGCGAGCAGCAAGCGGAGAUCCCUGGGCGAGAGCAAGCUCGCCGAGCUCUUGGCCAACCUCACUUCCUCAAGCGGAAGCUCGAGCCCAACGAGUGCCUCCGCGGAGGAGGGCCUCCAUGCCGUAGCGGGCAAGCCCGCCACCGAGGCCGCCAGCGCCAAGAAGACAAGCAAGCGAAAGUCCAAGAAAAAGACCAAGGCCGACGGAGACAACGAAGAGGUGUCGAAGAGGCGGAGCGGGUCCUGGUUAGCGAUUCCAGGCAAGAGCGGCAAGAAGGACAAAGGAAGCAAGAAGCGAGGUGAUGACUCUGGCGGCGAAGGCGUGCAUGCAGAGUAG